UCAACAUUUUACAGUUUGCAUCAACAGAAGAAAGCCGACUUUGUGCCCUUUUUUAAAGAGUAAUCAGACCUCACCUCCCUAUGUCAUCACCUUUUGCUUGAGAACCCAAUUUUUAUUUCCAUCGUUCUUUUGAUCCCAUGCUGCCAUGGAUGAUGUAGGCUUCUCCAAGCCUUUAUUCUCACUGUUGCUGAGCUAUACAUGAAUCAACCCCACUCCUAAUGUCUCUUACUUAACCUCUUGGACCUCCUCCAUUCACAUUGUGACAUGGUAUGUAUAUAUCUCCAUCUCUUUUGAAUUUCAUCUGCAGCAACUCAAUCAAAGCUAACCACUGCAUUAAUCCCAACAAGGUGCAAGAUGAAGAACCCAUUUCAACUCGGUGUAGGAAUUCGUAUCAGCUCACUGUCACACAUGGUCAAGAAGCCAUAUUCUGCAGCAAGAUACUUAACUGCACCAGCUGAUCAGGCACAUUGUCCCAAUAACAAAUCUCGCACUGCCAUAGAUUCUCAGGGCUUGAAACGAGGGCAUGACAGGAGGAGAGAAGGGAUGCUCACUAGGAUCACUAGCUUGGGAAAGAAAGCUGACAGCUUUGACAACAGUGUUAAGGAGCAUGUGAGACUGGGACUGAAGAUCAGUGAGACGAUGAAAGGCAAGUUGAGCUUGGGGGCUAAGCUUCUUCAAGGUGGAGUCGUGGAGAGAAUCUUGAGGCGGUUGUUCAGUGUUGAUGUGGAUGAGAAGUUGUUGAAGGCCUCACAAUGCUACCUCUCUACCAUGGCUGGUCCAAUUGCAGGGCUCUUGUUCAUCUCGAGCUGCAGUGAGAGGUCAAUCAAGUUCUCGGCACCGGAUGGGGAAUCGAUCAGAGUGCGGUACAAGGUAUUGAUUCCACGCAGCAAGAUGGAAAGAAUCAGUGAGAGUGCGAAUGCAUAGAGACCGUCUCAAAAGCACGUGGAAGUUGUGACUGUGGACAAAUUUGACUUCUGGUUCAUGUAAAUCAUCAGAAAGCUUUCAAACACCUUGAACAGGCAGGCCAUCUCGAUGAACCAGAGAUUUGGGUACUAGUUGUAAUUAGCUAGGUGGUGGGGGUGAUGAGUUAUUGUACAAUUUUUAUGAGUAGGAAAUUUUCAUCUAGUAUAUCAUCAUCGAUCAACUCAAAUGGAAAAUCUUGAGUUUCAUCACUAAAUCUGAUCGUCACUGGUCUUGUCGCCACUGAUACAUGUACUGCUUAGUUUACAGUAUUGAGGCAUGACAUCAAAUGUUCAACUCCAUUUUGCUCUAGGUGAAUGAAUGUUACAUACUGCAGUAAGACCAUGCUACAAUGAAAGUAAAUGAAGUCAAUUUUUGUAA